CCGGUAAAAUUCUGUGUUGGAGUAAAUAAAUAUAAUGAGCACUGAUGAAAUUCAAGAUGGUGGUGGCACGGAAGAAACUCCUACCACGGACCAGGAAUUGGAUGUGGGCAGUGACCGCUUCAAUCCACUGCGCGCUCUUUACGACCGCGACUAUAAAAUAACUGAGAAGACACCGAAGGUUUUCUAUCAGAACGUCGCCGCUUUUGAAAGCGCCCUUAAAAAAUUUGGUAUAUGGGAGCUGAACAAGCAACAAAAAAGAGGCCCUGGGGCCACUGGAACCACUUCUACGUCCUCCACAUUAGAGCAAGCCGUGCCAGAGCGACGUUUUGAACCACAUCAAAUGGCUAUACACGUCACAGCUAAAAAGAAAAAUUACCGCAAUCUCUACACUCACAUGGCAGGCACGGAGGGUCCAUUAGCUGCCCUGCGGCAGUGCCUCCCCGCGGUGGCAGAAACAGAACGUCAGCGUGUUCGCAUUGUGGUGCGGAAGGAGCAUAGCAUAUCUGGCAGCAUUGAGGGCGAACUAAUUGCUUUUGAUAAACAGUGGAACGUUCUGAUGAAUAAUGCCGUUGAAAUAUGGAAAAGGCGAAAGUUCAAAUAUGGCAAGCAAAACAUUUGCGGCUCUCAAGAAGACUGUAGUGCACGAUUGAAUCAAUUGGGCGUGACACUGCCCAGUGUCCAAGUAAAGAGUCUCAACCGUAAGAAUGUGGAGCUACGGCGCGAGCUACCUCAACUUCUUGUGCGUGGUGAAAAUGUUGUUUUAAUUCAGUUAAUUGGGAAAUGAUUAAAAGAUAACAUUGUACGUUA